CCGCUUCGCUUCCCCAACUUCCCAAAUCGCGAGCUCCGAGGCCGAGCCACCGUGCUCCGAUCAGAUCGCUGAUUCGCGCGCCGCCCCGCUCCCGCGCCACUCCACUCCACUCCGUCCGGAGCCUCAGAGAACUUCAGUGGACGAUGCAAAGAAGAGGGGGCGGUAGAGGUGGUCUCUUUGGUUUCGGAGACCCUUUUGCUGGUUUCGGCGGUUUCGUUCCACCUGGGAACCUUAUGCCCAGUUUCUUUGGUGGCUCAAGUCCCUUUGAUGAUCCUUUCCUUGCAAAUCCGUUUGGUUCUAUGGUUGGACCUACCCAGUUUGAGCAAAGAUUUUUUAGUUUGAGUAUGUUUGGGCCCCCCAGAGGUCUAAUUGGAGGAGUGAUGAAUGCUGGAGGCUUCCAGCAGCAAGCUCCUGAACCAAGCAGGCCAAAAGGGCCAAUUAUCGAGGAGCUGUCUUCAGAUGAUGAGGAUGAUUCAUAUGCGAAUGAAAACGAUGACAAGAAGGCUAACCCUAUGAAGCAUCCAAGGAUUAGCAGAGAGCCCUAUGUGGAGGAGCCUGAUGAAGUUCAAGAUAAUAAAAGACCUAAACAUGAGCAAGUUGGGAGAGAGUAUGCCAGAGCUGGCACAUCAUAUCAACAGCCGCAGACAUAUAUGUUUCAGAGCUCAACUGUUACAUAUGGUGGUUCAAAUGGGGCUUGCUAUAUGUCUUCAACCACUAGGAGGAGUGGUGGAGAUGGACUUACAGUGGAAGAAUGUAAGGAAGCGGACACAACUACUGGUAAAGCUACUCACAGGAUCGCACGGGGCAUUGGCAAUAAGGGUCAUGCACUAACUAGAAAACUGGACGGUGAUGGAAGAGUGAACACCAUGCAAACUUUGCAGAACUUGAAUGAAGACGAGCUUGCUGGGUUUGAGGAAUCAUGGCAAAGAAAUGCAGGGCAAUGUCUGCCUGGUUUGGAUCCCAGAGUAAACAUGUUUAGCAGUGGAACUUUUCACCCUGGCAUCCGAGAAGAGAAUGGAAUGCCUGCACUUCCAGCACCCAGUGAAAUGUUUGCGCUUCCAGCACCCGAACAAUAUCGUGGCUCCAGUUCCUCAAGGAUGAAGAGGCGUCCCUUGAAUGGUUCGUCACAGUAUCGUUCCCAUCCAUGACUUCUUUUGGACUUCAGGCAGGAUUAUGAUCACGGCUUGCAGAAAAAGAAUAUGAUGUAUGUAUCUCUAGCUCGCCCCAGCUGUUCAGCAAGCUAUGUUUACAUUUUAGUCAGCUUAGCUUAUAAAGCUCCGUUGCUGUGGUUGAGAGAGAUUUAGAACGUCUUACCUGCUACUGUUCCCAUAAGUGUGGCUCCCCAAUCAUGAAAAAUGUAGGCUCUGUUCGCAAGAAUUAAUCAUACCUUCCGCAGAACGUUGUGAUCUGUAAAACACUAAAACCAAUGUCAGGCAAGGCUGCA